AUGGGUAUCCUUCCAGCUCGCAAGGCGGUGGCGUUCCGGGUCCAGGCUGGCCAGGAGGUCAAGGUGAUCAACACUUAUGGCAAGCAAGUCGUCGACUUCUGGGCGUUCAACCCUCAGGAGCCCAACGACUUCCUGUCCAUGGUGCACACGCGAACGGUGCUGCUCAAGAUAUCCCUAGCAAAGGGCGAUGUGCUGUACAGCACGCGCAGGAAGCCAAUGCUCGUUUUGACCGACGACACAACUCGGGGUGUGCACGACAUGAUCUGGUCCGCGUGCGACGCCGAACGAUAUCGCAUGCAAGGCUUUGAUGGGUACCACGACAACUGCCACGACAACAUGCACAAGGCGCUCAAGGAAGGGUUUCCCGACUUCCACCUCGCGGACGACUGGGUUCCGGACCCACUGAACCUGUUCAUGAACGUGGCCAUCGACCACCGCUCCGGGCUGGACAUCAAGGCUCCCACGUCCGAACGCGGCCAGUAUGUGACCAUGCGCGCCGAAACGGACCUGAUCAUCGUUAUGAGCGCGUGUCCUCAGGAUCUGGCACCUGUGAACGGGGGCAUGCCGACGGACUGCGAAUAUCUCGUUUCUGGCUCUGGGACGGCCAGUACCACCACCGCGAGCACGAGUCUGUCUAUGACGAUCUCGACCUCCCCUCAACGCCGCCGGCGCCGAGUCAAGGUCGCGCUCUCCUUCGACUUCGACGCCGUCUCCCACUGGCUCGGCACCGGCUGCCACCCGGACAACAACAUGGCCGACUACAGCUCGGGCAUCUUCGCGGGCCAAGUGGGUGCUCUGCGACUGCUCUCCAUGCUCUCGCGCUGCGGGGUCGCCGACAAAGUCACCUGGUUCAUCCCGGGCCACACGAUCGAGACGUUUCCCGACGCGGUGCGCCAGGUCGUCCAGUCCGGUGCGGAAGUCGGGCUGCACGGCUACGCCCACGAGGGCAUCUACCAGAUGACGCCGGAGCAAGAGCGCGACGUUCUCCUGAAAUGCAUCGACGUGGCCACUCAACUCUGCGGCAAGAAGCCCCGCGGCUACCGCGCGCCCAUGUACACCAUCCGCGAGACUACAGUGCACCUCCUACGAGAACACGGCUUUCUGUACGACACGUCGCUCAUGCACCACGAUUCGCAACCCUACUUCACCCCGAGCGACCCACCCAUCAAGACCAUCGACUUCUCCCAGCCGGCCUCGUCGUGGCUCCAUCCCACCCCGAUCGCGGCCCAGACGUUCCCGCCGGCCGACACGCACCCGCUCGUCGAAAUCCCCUGUGGCUGGUACAACGAGGACAUGAUGCCGCUGCAGUACCUGCCGCACCUGGCCAACAGCAUGGGCUACGUGUCGACCCGCGUCGUCGAGCAGAUGUGGAAGGACAAGUUCAUGUGGCUGUGGGAGCACGCCGCCGAGACCGAGGGCUCGGAUUCGGCCGAUUUCAUCUUCCCCAUCCUCAUGCACCCGGACACGUCGGGUCUGGCGCACAUCAUCGGCAUGUCGGAGCGCUUCAUUUCGUGGCUCAAGGGCUUCGGCGACGUCGUCUCCUUUUGCACACACGAAGACAUUGCCCGAGACUGGCUCGCCGAGCAAAAGGCCAAGUUGGGCUCAAAGUAA